AUGGCAACGGCAAAAAUCACGUUGCCAGAAGACCUGGGUUCGAAGUCUCUACUUAUGUUUGACGACUUGGUUUCCAGAGGGAAGCUAUUCUACAGCGAAUCUAAGAGCGACAUUGUCUCCCACAACGGCUUCGAGUUCGAGUUCCGCAUUAGUCCAGCUUUGAAAAGAAAGCCAUAUCUGGAGCGAGAUGAUCCCAAGCGUACGGCAGACAAGGGGCCGUUUCUGACCCCAGAUCCCGACUUCGUUGUUGCGCAAGUAGGGUCUCAUCAUGCACUGAAGCUUAAUCUGUGCUGCAUGUAUCGGCCGGCAUUCGUAUUAUAUACCCGACUUUUUGAGCCUCAGGCGCAAGACCUCAACUUCGUUGACGUUGAGGCUGCACGUGCCGUGAUGAUCGCACUUAAGCCAACUCUGGGGCCCCAACUGAUGAUCUAUAAUUGCGGCGUCGACGCCGGAUCAUCUCAGGGUCAUAAGCAUGUGCAGAUUUUUCCUCAGCCGACUCACUUCUCACUGUAUCCUCAGAAGGCGACGUCUGAAAUUGGUAAGAGACUUGAAUCUCAGGUAGAAGCGGCCGCUAAAAGAGUUCCCAACGCAGAAAUCAAUUCGACCAUUGCUGGGGUUCCCAACCUACAUUUCGUAUUGCGAUUACCCCAGGCAGCGACCCAUGAGCAGGCCUACCAUAGUCUCCAAAGACUAGUCUCUGCAACUAGGAAAGUUCAGACAUCUGAUAGGGAAGUUUGCGACUACAAUGUCGUCAUGGCUGAACGUUGGAUAUGCGUGGUGCCGCGUCGACUUGUAGGGAGAAACGGCGUAGGGGCGAAUGGAGCUGGCAUGAUAGGUCUGGUAUGGCUUCGAGACCAGGCAGAGAGAGACGGAUGGGACUCUUUCGGCCUUACGGAACAUCUUGUUCGACUUGGGUUACCAAAGACAUGA